CUUGAGCCGGGAGCCCAGGGAGCCUGCGCUGAGGGCGGGGCGCAGGCCGUGGGGAGGCGCUCGCGGCGCCUGCGCAGAGCGGCUGCUUCUCUCGCGAGGACGGACGCCAUUAUCGCAGCUCCCCGACAAACACCACGAGAAUUCCGCAGCCCACACGGUGACAGAAACCGCAUACCCUGUGACUUCUGGACUCUUGCUGUCAGUGUGCCCCUUCCUCGUGCUCUGGAUGAUGUCAGAGCAGGACCUGGCGGAUGUGGUUCAGAUUGCAGUGGAAGACCUGAGCCCUGAUCACCCAGUUGUUUUGGAGAAUCAUGUCGUGACAGAUGAUGAUGAACCUGCCUUGAAGCGCCAGCGACUAGAGAUCAAUUGCCAGGACCCCUCUAUAAAGUCUUUCCUGUACUCUAUUAACCAGACGAUAUGUUUGCGGUUGGAUAGCAUUGAGGCCAAGCUGCAAGCUCUCGAGGCCACUUGCAAAUCUCUGGAAGAGAAGCUAGACCUGGUCACCAAUAAACAGCACAGUCCCAUCCAGGUCCCCAUGGUGGCAGGUUCCCCACUUGGCGCCACCCAGACCUGCAACAAAGUGCGAUGCGUCGUCCCCCAGACUACAGUAAUACUCAACAAUGAUCGGCAGAACGCCAUUGUAGCCAAGAUGGAAGACCCAUUGAGCAACAGGGCACCGGAUUCCCUGGAAAAUAUCAUUAGCAACGCUGUUCCUGGGCGUCGGCAGAACACCAUCGUGGUGAAAGUGCCUGGUCAGGACGACAGCCACAACGAAGAUGGGGAGAGCGGGUCAGAGGCCAGUGACUCCGUGUCUAACUGUGGCCAGCCAGGAAGCCAGAACAUUGGAAGCAACGUCACACUCAUCACCCUGAACUCCGAAGAGGACUAUCCCAAUGGCACCUGGCUGGGCGAUGAGAAUAACCCUGAGAUGCGGGUACGCUGUGCCAUCAUCCCUUCCGACAUGUUGCACAUCAGCACCAACUGUCGCACGGCCGAGAAGAUGGCGCUGACACUGCUGGACUACCUGUUCCACCGUGAGGUGCAGGCUGUGUCCAACUUGUCCGGCCAGGGCAAGCACGGGAAGAAGCAGCUGGACCCCCUCACCAUCUACGGCAUCCGGUGUCACCUCUUCUAUAAAUUUGGAAUCACGGAAUCUGACUGGUAUCGGAUCAAGCAGAGCAUUGACUCCAAGUGCCGGACAGCCUGGCGGCGGAAGCAGCGAGGCCAGAGCCUGGCGGUCAAGAGCUUCUCUCGGAGGACGCCAUCCUCAUCCUCUUACAGUGCCUCAGAGACCAUGAUGGGAACCCCUCCUCCCACCAGUGAGCUACAGCAGUCACAGCCACAGGCCCUACACUACGCCCUGGCCAACGCCCAGCAGGUCCAGAUCCACCAGAUUGGGGAGGAUGGACAGGUGCAAGUAAUCCCACAGGGCCACCUCCACAUUGCCCAGGUGCCUCAAGGGGAGCAGGUGCAGAUCACACAGGACAGCGAGGGCAAUCUGCAGAUCCAUCAUGUGGGUCAGGAUGGCCAGUCGUGGGGCCUGUGCCAGAAUCCCAUUCCUGUCAGCGGUGACUCAGUGGCCCAGGCUAAUCCCUCCCAGCUUUGGCCUCUGGGAGGAGACACACUUGAUCUGCCUGCUGGAAAUGAAAUGAUCCAGGUACUGCAGGGUGCUCAGCUCAUAGCCGUGGCCUCUUCAGACCCUGCUGCUACAGGAGUAGAUGGGUCGCCUCUCCAGGGCAGUGACAUUCAGGUUCAGUAUGUCCAGCUGGCGCCUGUGAGUGACCACACAGCCGCAGCGCAGACCGCAGAGGCCCUGCAGCCCACUCUGCAGCCCGACAUGCAGCUUGAACAUGGGGCCAUCCAGAUCCAGUGAGGCCAGGCACUGCAGGAGCACCGCGUCACAGCUGCUCGCUGACCCUGCCCCACUCGUGCCCUGCUCUCUUGCUUCAGCAAGCAACUGCAGGUUCUGCUGGGCAUCUGAGAGCUGCUCCUCCCAGGGGAAGGUCCUGGCCACCCCUGCUGGAAGGCGCCUCAGGGUUGGAGUCUCACUACUGGUCGUCUCCAAAGGAGAAGCAUAGUGCAGAGUGUUGAGUGCAUUCAGACAGACAAGAACUACGAUAUUUUGUUUAAACAGCUUUUUUAAUUUGCUAUGGUGUUUAUAACAAAAAAGAAAAUGGAAAAAAAAAAAAAAACAAAAACAUCCAACCAACCAACCAACCAACCAAACCAGAGGAGAAACACAACUGUGGAGUAGUGAAAGCCUGGGCCGUGUGCUCCCCUUCGGGGUUCUGACGUAGGUGUUGGAGCCAGCUGGCGAUGCUGGAGCACUUGGACCUGCUGCUAGGGGAGUGCUCCCCAGGGAGUGCUCCCCAGUGUGAGUAUGCAUUUCUAAUGAAAUAAAGUGUAUUUAUGGCCACAGAGGCUCAGUGUUGUUGCACCGUGAGAGGACUUCCCCAUCCAGGGCCAUGCUACCAGAGAGUCCCUGCUUUGGCUCUCUCUCCUAGGGAGCAUGAGCUGUGGGUAUCCCUUGGGGCAGCUGGCUCCCACUUCAUCACAGUGAGCCCUCAAAGGCAAGGUCAUUGUAACCCAUCCUCUUCUGAAUGCUUAGGCUCCAUUACCUGCAACGCCAGGGGUCCUGGAGAGUGCCGUGUGGAGAAGGCAGGACUGCAGAGAAAGCAGGUGCAAGGAGUCCCAUGAGCAGCAUGGGAAAUGCCAGUGAAGUCCUUACUGACUGACAGUGCCGUGUUUGACGCUUUCCUGGGAGGAUUUCAAAGUUGUCCCAGAUUCUGUCUCAUGCCUCUGUCUCAUGCCACCACAUUAAGAAUUCCUGGGCUGGUUAUUCACCAGGGCACACUGAGGUAGCAGAGGAGAGCAGCUCUAUGGAAAGGACAAUUUGACAUGGUGGUGGCCAUCUUCUUAGGAGACCUGCCACUGUUAGAGAUGGCUCUGUGUGGGGAAAAUGGGGACAGGCGUGGAGGCUGGGUUCCCAAGGCUGUGUAACACAUCUGGGCAGGAUCCCAGGCAAGAAUGGAGAAGAAGAAUCCAGAGAGGAGAGCACACUCCAGGAAGAGCAUGGCAUAGGCCCAUACCCAGAUACACAAGAUGGGUGAUGGCAGCAGACCUGUGCCCUGGAGGUCAGAGUACUGGAAAGGAACUACUUCCAGCUGAGUCAGGUCUUCAGAAAACAUGUUCAGAAAGCUAGUUGACAAUGUACCAUACGAUGGACCCUGCAGGUGUGGAUCCCAGGAAUGCCCUGUGUCCGUACACACCUGUGUGCCCACAUUCGCAGUAGCCCCAUUCAUAAUGAGCUGAGGUGGAAAUGGCCUAAAGACCGAGCAUAUGAGCAGGUGAGCAAAGGCACACCUCUUGGUAUCGGUAUCGAGGGUGAGCUGACUGCCAGAGGAUCUGCACUCCGGCCCGCUCUAUGGCAUGUGAACUUGCAGACGCUAGUGAGGGAAAGAAAGCAGAGGGAAGGAGACAGCUUACCGGAAGAUGAUAUGGAUGGGAGGAUUCACAGAGACAGAUUGUCAGGAUCAUGCAUCCUGCGGGGCACUGAAACUGCGCCCGGUUGGACAGUGGAUAUUUGUCUUGCACACCAGGUAAUGACCGGUCACUCGAAAAGGUGAAACAGUCGCUGUCCACGAAUGCUCAAGGUUAUUUUUGAUAAAUGGAUCACAUUUGGCAAGAACAAAAAUUGAGAUUAUGCGCUAAAGAUGCUCACAAAAAGGGGAUUCCAGGGGAUUUUCAAGGCUAGGAAUGUAGGCCCAGAUGGAAGUUCUCCAGCAAGAGACCACUGGACCACUUGGAACAGAAAAGGAUCUUAAGUGAUCUAUAUAAAAUUGACUCUCUAAGAUUAAAGACAUCAAAACAGAGGAAAACAUGACUAUCUCGGGGCGGGCAAGAAGAGAAGUAAAUUAUUUUAAAGUAUUCUUCAUUGCCUUGAAGAAAACAGAAAGUUCCGUGUUCAGCCUUCAGUAUCUGAGAGCUGUAUAGAGACCUGUCACUGUUGGUACACAAUGCUUGCUCGCAUGGCUGGUAGCCCUGGCCUUGUCCUUGUAGGACAUGACCCAGCAGCUUGAGAAAGGUCUGUUCUUAGAUGUUCUCUGAGGCAUUGCUAAAGAACUUUGCUUGCCACAGGCUCUGAGCCAUGUUGUGUGUUCUCUGACCACAUGGAAUUGAGGUAGAUUUUAAUGAGGAAAAAACUUCCCAUAGGUCAAGUAAAAAAAACUUGGAUUCAUGAAGAUGACGUCAUUGAAUGACAUAUGUCAAAAUGUGGACUGCAUCAGGUGUGCUGAGGAACAGCUGCAGACAAGCUUGGGGUGGAGAAUUACGUCGUCUCCAUCCAAAGGACAAAAGCAGUGUUGGUGCUCAGGGAGGAUUACAGAUAGAGGAGUUCCAUGUAUAACAAUGUUCAGUUGAUGAAGUCCUGGUACCAGAAGGGUGAAGGCUACAAGCUGCCAUUGUGGGCGUCUCCACAGACGCCCUCAGGCAGUAGAAGAUGAGGUUCUCCCAGAUCUGUAUGGAUGGAUCGGGAAAUGACAGAUGGGAUGACAUGCUGCCUGGACACCAGACUCGGGUGGGGGCAGCAGGAGAAGGAAGGAGGAAAGAAGAAAAGAAAGAUUGUUGUUGCUUCUGAAUGUCUGAGCUGUCUCAGAGCAAGAACAGGCUGUGCUUGGUGGCAACAAGUGAUGUGUCACCCUACCCCAGGUUGAGUCAGGUUCAGUCAUGCAUACUUGGUAUAUUUUGAAAGUCAUGUGACUUAACUCUGGUAAUAGGACCAUGUGGUUAUCUUAAGCAGAAAAAUAGUAUGUAAAAUUUACCUGUUUAUAGUUAAGAGACCUUUCAGCAAAAUCACAAUAGAUCGGAUCAGAGACAUCUGUAAGAAACCUGUGACAAAUAUCCCAGAACUUGGAUUUGGAAAGCCUGGCAUGACAAAUGAAGAUGCCUGGCACCUUGGUUAUUCUGAGAUUGGAAAGCUAGGAAUGAGACUGUCUAUAUAAUUUGGAUUUAGACACCUGAUGGCUAUCCCACACACUGACCCAAAAACCUGCGAGUGUGCUUUGCCUGGGUGCUGGCUACAGGCUACUUAGAAAUCACUCCCAUCUCAAUCAGAAUGGGCUCGGGUGCUCUUAGCUGCUGUUUAUUACAGACUCUAAGACGCUUUAACCCACAGAAGUAAAUUUAAGGGGAUGCUGAGGCAAAUGUUACUGAACUAGAGAAAAACCAAGAAAAAACCUCAUCUGAGAAAGUGUGGGUUCUCUAAAUGGUGCAGCCAGUGAGGUUCCAUGCAGAAGCUAAGCAGGGACUCCUGUGGCACUGGACAAGUAAUGGGGACUGGUUGGAGAGAUGGCUCAGUGGUUAGACUUCUUUCUGCUUUCCCCUCCACAGUGGGGAGAGCUCACUGCCUGUAACCCGAUGCCCCUUUGAUUCCCCACACUCCUCCCACUCCCAGGGCAGACGUACACGCACAGGAAUAAAAAUAAAUCUUUAAGAAUGAC